AUGAGUACCACAAGGAAAUCUCAAGGAAAAAGGUAUGAGGAAGUUCCAGGAGAGGAUUACGAAGACUCCAUACCCGGUCCUUCCCAAUUUGACACAAGGUACGAGUUUGAUAUUGAAGAAGGGGAUGCUACAACGCUGACCUCAACUCAUCGCUCUAAGCGUUCAAGCGGUGCUAGGUCCCGAAAGCUAUGUGACUCGUUACUUUCCGGCUCGGGCAAAGCUCUAAGAUCAGUUGGUCGUAGUCUUGAUUGUUCUCAAAUGGGACCAAAGGGUUUCGUAUGUACUGCCUGUGGCUCAGUUUUAGUAAUCGCUAUUGGUAUUGUUGGACUCACAGUCUACACAAUUUCGGGAAUCCUGGAAUCCAAUCAUCAAUCCCAUUUGAAGGGUCUCACUCAUGAAACUCAAGAAUGUAGACCUCCGUCCGAAGUGCAACAAUCAAUGUUGAAACUCGGUGGUCGAUUUGGUGUAACACAUGUAUGCUGCCCAGCGAGUGUGGACAUGCCAAAUCAACCGGAAGCAUCUACAACUUGGAAUAUGACUUCAGAAAUGAAUAUAGCUCCUGGAGGUGAAGGAGGUGAAUGGUUAUUGGAAGGGACUGGGAGGAUGAGAACUUGUAGGUCUUUCAAUGAGGAGGAGUGGGAGAUGUUCUAUGUCGCCACGGGCUUGAAUAAGACCAUAGUGGAAGGGUCCGAGCGACCAGAGUGGUUGAGGGGUCAAACCUGUUGUGAGCAAGCUCUUUACCGACACUGUGUCAGAUUCUGUAACAUGAUGAGUAUGCAAGUGUUUGAGACGGCUUUUGGAAAUGUGACAGGUCCCGGUCAAUUUGUUUACAUGGACCAGGUCCACUGGUAA